UGCUGGUCUGUAUCAGGAAUAGUGGGGCCAGCAGGAACAGGGAGGUCAUUCUUCCCCUGUACUCAGCACUGGUGAGGCUGCACCUCGAGUGCUGUGUCCAGUUUUGUGUCCCUCAGUUUAGGAAGGACAUUCAGAUGCUUGAGCACGUCCAGAGGAGGGGAACAGAGCUGGUGGGAGGUUUGGAACACAAGCCCUAUUAGGAAUGCCUGAGGGACCUGGAUUUGCUCAGCUCAGAGAAAAUGAAAUUAGGGGUGACCUUAUCACUCUCUAUAACUCCCUAAAAGGUGGCUGUGGUCAGAAGGAGGUCGGUCUCAUUCAUCAGACAGCAAACUAACAACGAAAGGAUGCUGUCAGAACCUAUAGAUAGGGAAAAUCAGGUUGGAUAUUAGGAAAAGUAUUUCCCAGAAAGAGUGAUAAAGAACUGGAAUGGUCUGCUCACGGACGUGAUGGAGUCAUACUGCCUCAAUGUGUUAAGAAAAAGACUCUGUGUGGCAUUCAGUACCAUGGUUGAGUUGAGGUGUAAGGGCAUGCGUUGGGCUCAAUGAUCAAAAACAUCUCUUCCAAACCAGUCAUUCUGUGAAUUCUUUGAAAACCUUACAAAGGGAAGACCUGUUAAAAUCAUGCCUCAGGACUACUGUUUCAGCUGAGGAGAAAAAGACUAGAGGAAGGUGACUCAGCUGAAUAAGAGACAGAAAAACAAAAACGUCAUAUAUGUUGCAUGCACACAUCAUAGUCUAUGGUGAUUGUUUGAAUGAUAUUUGUUAUGAUCGAAAAGUAUGUCGCUGAUGAAGGCCUGACUGCUUGCAAAAGCCUGGAUUUUACAAUCAAGCAGCUCUCCUUGGCCCCUGCCUGGGGACUCUGCGCCGCUACGGACUCACACCUCACAUCCACCAGAUGAGGAUCUGUCUGCGCUGAGUCAGCAGCAAAGCAAGCUAAGCCUGGCACCACUCUUCCAUGGGUGAACAGAGUGGAUUUGCAGAAGAGUUGCAUGCACUUGUUCCCUCCCCGCACCUGGUAGUUUCUUUCCGCUCUCAGGCUGGCUCCUGGGUCCAACUGAGAACUCGAUAAGAGAAGAGAGUGAGUACCUGUCAUUUCUACUGGCAUUUGGCUGGCCAAAUGUCUGCAGGCAAUCUUACAGGGAGCACGGAGCCUGGGCAAACGACUGGCAGACUGGGGUUUUGGACUUUUGCAAAGGGGCCUUCUUUGGGCUCACCAUCUGCAGGGCACUGCAGAGCCAUGGACCUCAGGCUGCUGCCAGAGCUCCAAGACAACAAAACUGUGGCAGCCCAAGAAUCACCGGCCAGCUCUUCUGGAUGUUCUGAGAAUUUAGGUUGCCAGAGAAAGAGCAAGCAGGACGAGAGCAGCUUUGCAUCAAGAGAUAAGCGGCGCCUCCCUGACACAAAGGGAGGUCAGGCUCCAAAGGGAGUGAAAGCACAGGUGAACAUUCACCCGUGUGCUCAAGAAGCAACUGCACACUGCAAUACUGCUGGAAGUGUAUUUCCGUUGCUUCUUCUGUCCCGUGAACGUCAUGGAAGGAGUUUGGCUUUUCAGAACCAACUGAGAUGCCAGAAGGUAGAAGCGCUCUUGCUUUUCCUUAAAGCCUUGGCCACCAGAAGUCAUGUCUGCUUGCGUUUCUUGGGCCCUGGCUGGGUUGAUGCAUUUUCUGAGCUUGCCUGGGAUGCCUCGAGCACUGGCUUAUGGCCCAUGAGGAUUUUUUGCAGUGCUUUAUGGUGCUUUUAGGAGAAAUUCCCAGGUUUUUCCUUUGCAUCAGCUCGAGAGGACAUUCGGUUGCUGGGCACAAGUACAGCAACCAAGCCAGAGCAGCUGUCAUUGUGAGGUCAAUGCAGAGCUGCCACAUCACAGUGCUGUCAGCGCAGCGUCGUCCUAGUGCGUGCAAGGCCUGGCUGCCCAGAGCAGCUCUUGCGCUCGCUCGCUGCGGGAGGAUCCUUGUGUUCAAGGAGCUUUCAGCAGCCAGCCCGCACCCCGAGAGGAGUCUUGCUUCUUCUCCUGGGUGGCAUUCAGUGUGCAAAGGUGCACAGCACUGCUAAGAUGAUCGAGCAAGUCUGUGCUGCGGUUUGCACCGUGUUUUCCGUUGCCUAUAGCGGCUACUACCUGACGCACCUGACGCGUAAGUAAAGCUUUAUCCUGGGGGUCACGUCACCUGGCCUGUGCUUUCUCCCUAGUGAGCCAGUUUGCUUGGGCGCAAAAUGACCAUUCAGAUGCCACCGCUCUAGUCAAUCUCCUGCCAACAGCGUCAGCUCCCAAGGGGGUGUCUGUACCGGGUGGCAGCUGCAGAGGAUUUGCAAUAUCCCCCUCAGUGAUUGCUUUCACUCCACGCUGCAGCGUGUGGCAGUGGAAUCUGUCAUUCCCUCAGCUUGCUGCUUCAAGCAAGAGCACCUGCAAAUUGCAGACUCUAAGGAGAGAUCCUCUGAAGUACUUCUAAAAGCUCUGUGGUUCUCUCUGGGAAUGAGCGAAGGCGUCUUCUGCUGCACAUGCUGCCGUUUAGAGGCCUUGGCUGUCUGACUUGACCCUUGAUGCUGUGCCAAGCUAGCAAUGCCCUUGGCCAUGCAGCACAAAGUCCAAAGAAGUCAGGGUUUGCUGCUGAAGUCAGGAGCUGUUCCCAGGCUGCUUUAGCAGAGAGCUGCCCCAGAGAAGAGGGCCCAUGGGGGAAGCUUUGCUGGGCUAUCAUCUUCAGCAAAUUGAUGGGAAUCAAGGCAUGAAAGUUCUCCAGAAAUCUCAAAAAUGCAGGGAAGAGAAGAGGAAAACACUGCGUGAACAGCUGGGCAGAAGUGAAGCUCUGACUGUUAAGGAAAAGCUGGCAUUUCCAUGACAAAAGAUGCCCAAGUGUAGACAGAGCCUAGGCUAGCAUCCUUGUUGUUCCCUUGCUGGCCGUGGGAAAGAAUGGUUGCUCCUGGAGGUGUGUUGGGACAAGGGAAAUGCUCUCUGUUGGGACUAAAAUGUUCUGUGCGACUCCCCAAGACAGGCACCUUUCUAAAAGCAUCUGGCACCUUUUCCUUUGCUUGCUGCAGGUCACCUGACAUGUGGAUGGAGACGCGCCUGUCCUUUGGGCUCAACAGCAGGCUCAGCACCUCCUCUGGCUCCCUCUCUUGUUGAGGAAGAGGCUGAAGAGGAGCAAAAGAACACCAAGCCUCCGGCUGCUGUCCCUCCACGACCAGAAGAUGCAAAGCCUGUGAGUGGCACCUGGGCUUGGCACUGCCUUUGGUGCAGAGCCAAGCUUCAGGCUGUGGAUGACCCAGUCUUUGGUGCUCGCCGCUGAAGAUACUGGGGGCUGUGCGCCUAGUGCUGCUUCAGCCAAGCCAGGGACCCCUGGCUGAUGGCUUCUGACCUUUGACAUUGCAGCAUCACUUUGCUGGGAUGCUGAGAGGGCCCGAGAAUGUCUGUUGGCAUCAGACAACAGGCAGCAUGAAAGUAGUCCCAGUGUCGAAGUGAGCCCCUUGCUGGCCAGUGGCUGUGCAGGCUGCCAGUGCUCAGUGCACAGACAGGUGCAAAGGCACCCAGCCUUGCAGGACACUUAGGAGAGCCUGGCCCCUGGAAGGAACCCACCCCUCUCCACGGCCCAAUUACCUUUAGGCACAACGUAGACUCUGCUUCACUUCCACAAGGUCACAGCAGAGUUUAGUGAGGAGAAUCCUAGGCAGCUGCAUAUUGGAAAGGGCCGUGCUUCUCCAUAGGGCUGGAAUGCAGUUCUUAAGGGUCGCUCCUUACAACCUGCAAUACAGAGGGGAAAUGAGUGAAACAGAUGAGAAAAGGCAUGUGCUCUGGCCCUCUGCUCAGACACCUGCAUGCCAGCUGCAGGGUGAUUUCAUUGCCCAGGAGAGGCCAGAAGUGGGUGAGCAACAAGGCUCUGGGGCCCUCCUCUGAUCUCCUUCUGGAUCUUUGCAAGGGCCUCGAUAGCUUGUUGCAGUGGUCUUGCAGAAAAACUGAUACAAUGGAGCAGGGAACUGGCCGGGAGUUCCUGCAUCAAAGUAGCCGUGGGAUUUUCCCCAUCGCCUUGGAGCAGCGGACAUCCAAAAGCCCCCAGCAGAAGAGGCCUGGCACUGGCUGACAGCAGCUCCCUGAGGCCUUGCCUUUGCCAUGUGCUCUGCGGGCCAUCUGUGCCAGCCUCCCUUCUGACGGGCAAUCCUUUCCUCUCGCAGCUCGACACACGUGCUGCACUUCAGCGUGCUGCUGGACUGGCAGCGCCUGCGGCAGCCGGCGCUCCACCAGAUGCAUGCAUUUGCUCCAGCAGCCCAGGCCAGCAGCCCCAGAUGAGAGAGGAGCAGAGCCUGAAGAGCCUGAGGAGCAUUGUGAGUCUGGGUCAGCCAAUGGAGAAAUACACGGCAUUUGAAGAACUUGGACGAGGCUACCUGGUGGAUGGGGAAGUCUGGCUGGCGAUGGAGUUCAUGGACGGCGGCACCUUGUCAGAUGUGCUCAGGGCAGUGUACCUGGAGGAAGGCCAGAUCGGCGCUGUCUCUCGGGAGUGCCUGCAAGGAUUGCAUUUCCUUCAUGCCCGCCAAGUCAUCCACAGAGACCUCAAAAGCGGCAACAUUCUUGUGGGCAUGGACGGCUCUGUGAAAUUGGCUGACUUUGGCCUCUGUGCUCAGCUCAGCCCUGAGCACAGCAAGCGCAGCUCCAGGGUGGGCACUCCCAGCUGGAUGGCGCCAGAAGUGGUGAGAGGCGAAGCCUAUGGCCCCAAAGUGGACAUCUGGUCGCUGGGGAUCGUGGGGCUGGAAAUGGUUGAAGGGGAAGCUCCUUACCAGAGGGAAGCCCGUCUGAGGGUGUUGGAACUGAUUGAAAGGAACGGGCCCCCAAAGCUGCAGAACCCCAGGCAGCACUCGCCUCUCCUGCGCGACUUCCUCCGGUGCUGCCUGCAGGCAGAUGAGGAGAGGCGCUGGUCUGCCCAGGAACUCCUUCAGCAUCCCUUUGUGACCGCAGGCGAUCCUGCCUCCAGCCUGGUUGCUCUCAUCAUCUCAGCCAAGCAGGUGCAGGAAGAAUGAAGAGGAGACGCUUGCGCCUGAGGAAGACUCUGUGCCCCGCCAGCCAGCUGAGACAAGUGGAAAGGGGAUUCAUCAAGAUUCAGCCAUCCCCUGAGUUUUAGAAGGAACUGUGCCCUAGAUCAGAAAUUUAAUGUUUUUUGAUUUUUUUUUUCCUCCAUAUGAGUCUGUUAUAAUAAUUAGGGUAAUUUUGGGAAUGACUUUUACGCAC